AUGGGUAAUGAAAGCAGCGUGCAAAAUUCAACGGUUUCUCAAACGGCUUCUCAAAGCACCAAUGCCGAUGAUUUGUCGAAAACUGAAAAGGCAGUGCAACUUGAUGCACCGGAUACGAGGACACAAACAGUGGAUGUGGAAACGACAACUGUAACAGGCUCACCAUCAUCAGCUGAUUUGAGCCAAGAAUGGUCACUCCGCGAGGCUGUCAACUACGAGAGACCAAUCGAUUUGAUAAGACAAAGCUCUUUACCCUUUUUCAUUGCGGGACUCGGGUCGAUUUUUGCCGGGCAAGUGCUCAGCUAUGCCUCAACAACCGAACUCUUCAAAAAAACUCCCGCUUUGUUGGCUUUGUCGACACCGUUGAUGGGCUUAAAAGGGAAUCUCGACAUGACAUACGCUUCUCGAUUGACAACUUUGGCACACCUUGGAGCGCUGCAAUCACUUAAGGAUGUAUGGAAACGGCUUCCCGUCUUUCUAGCAACUGUUCAGACACAAGCCAUUUUGAUGGCCAUUUUCAGCAGCAUCAUCACGUUUGCAAUCAUUUGGCCCAAGAAAAUUGUUACCGCUGGUGGGAUAACGGCAGCCCAAUUUAUCCCGUUAAUAACUUCAUCAUCUCUCCUCACCGUUUGUACUUCAGCCGGAUUGAUGUGUUUUUUGACGACGAUGCUCGUUUAUAUCUCAAGAAAAUGUCGCUUUAAUCCCGACAAUGUGACCGUUCCAUUGGCUGCCUCGAUCGGUGAUCUUUUCUGUGUUAGCCUUCUAUUUGGUUUUGCAACGUUACUGGAAAAGUCGUAUCGAGAUUCGUGGUGUGCUAGCUACGUCGUGAUUAUCAUCUUUCUCGCUUUGCUGCCAUGUUGGGCUUACUACGUGUGGAUGGAUGAGUCGGCUCGGGUUACACUAAAGUUCUGCUGGUUCAGUUUAGUGCUUUCAUCACUACUUCAAUGUGCCGCUGGAGCACUUCUUGAUGCGAUGGCUAGAAAGUAUCCGGAUUGUACACUGUAUCAACCCAUAUUAUCAGGUAUUGGCGGUAACCGAGUGGCAGUACUGGCGUCUAGGAUCUCCUCAUUUCUUCAUAGCAAGGGCAAUUUGAAAACGAGAACUUUUCCGGAGAACCGCUCACUGUGGAGAAAUCUCAAUCCGCUUCGCUUCUUCUACAGUUGUGAUAAUGAUGCCAAGUGCAGUCGUGUGCUCAUCAUUGGAUCAUUGCCCUAUCAACUUGUCUUCAUCUUUGUUGCCUAUGUGAUGGCCUUACACUUGCAUACGACAGACAUGCCACCUAAAUUUCGAUUUAUGUUUGUCGUUGGUUACAUCAUCUUUGCAUUUAUUCAGAUUGGAUGCUUGAUGCUCUGGGGCCAAUUGACGUGCUAUCUGAUGUGGUGGUUGGGUGUCGAUCCGGAUACUCACGCGAUUCCUCUUCUCACUGGUUGUGCCCUGCUCUUCGUGCUGUUUACUUUGAUCGACGUCAUUCAUCCAGAUUCGAUCAAUAUCAUCGGGAUAACGGAUAGCACAUCGACAACAAUGACCGCAAUGUUUAGUUCAUCCGUCAUCACCAUU